UGAGCUUAGCUAGUUAACUACACAGCUAGUAGUCAUAUCUCUCACAACAGCUCUGGCGGAGUAUUCAACUCGCCGCUCCCUCGUAUUCAUCGACAGCUCCUUCCUUCAAAUCUCCUCUCCCCUCUCUUUCUCUCUCACUCUCGCGUGCACGCAUUCCGCAGUGAUCAGAGAGAAUGGAAUCUGCCGCCGCGACUAGCUUUUGCACCAAAUCUAUCUCCUCCUCGCCUUUUCGCCCAGGUUUACUCAUUGGGAGAACUAGUAUUAGUAGCUCUCAGUGUAGCUUUACGGUAGGAAAGAGGAUAAACUUUCCACGACAGAGGCUUCAAGCAUCUAGAGUUAGUCCUAAAUCUAGCAAAUAUGGUGGAGCUCUUGGUGCAGUAUGUCAGGCUGGUAAAAUCUUGGUGGCAAACAGAGGGGAAAUUGCAGUUCGUGUGAUUCGGACUGCUCAUGAAAUGGGGAUUCCUUGUGUUGCAGUUUACUCAACCAUAGACAAAGAUGCCCUUCAUGUGAAGCUUGCAGAUGAGGCUGUUUGCAUUGGUGAAGCUCCUAGUAAUCAAUCGUACUUGUUGAUCCAAAAUGUCUUAUCUGCUGCUGUAAGCCGUGGAUGCACAAUGCUGCAUCCAGGGUAUGGUUUCCUUUCUGAGAAUGCCCUUUUUGUCGAGAUGUGCAAAGAACAUGGAAUCAACUUUAUUGGGCCAAAUCCAGACAGUAUAAGAGUCAUGGGUGAUAAGUCAACUGCUAGAGAGACAAUGAAAAAUGCUGGUGUCCCAACCGUACCAGGAAGUGAUGGAUUGUUACAGAGCACUGAAGAAGCGGUGAAGCUUGCUGAUGAGAUUGGUUACCCUGUUAUGAUUAAGGCAACUGCUGGUGGUGGUGGGCGUGGAAUGCGUCUUGCUAAAGAACCUGAUGAGUUUGUGAAGUUAUUACAGCAAGCUAAGAGUGAGGCUGCAGCUGCAUUUGGAAAUGACGGUGUUUAUCUGGAGAAGUACAUCCAAAAUCCUAGGCAUAUUGAAUUUCAGGUUUUGGCAGACAAGUAUGGCAAUGUAGUACACUUUGGGGAGCGUGAUUGUAGUAUUCAGAGAAGAAACCAGAAGUUGCUGGAAGAAGCACCUUCCCCUGCAUUGACACCAGAGCUGCGGAAGGCUAUGGGUGAUGCAGCAGUUGCAGCAGCUGCAUCUAUAGGUUACAUAGGUGUUGGUACUAUUGAGUUCCUUCUGGAUGAAAGAGGAUCUUUUUACUUUAUGGAGAUGAAUACUAGAAUUCAGGUAGAGCAUCCGGUUACAGAAAUGAUUUCCUCUGUUGAUCUAAUAGAAGAACAGAUCCGUGUUGCUAUGGGAGAAAAACUUCGCUACAACCAGGAGGAUAUUGUGCUAAGAGGUCAUUCAAUUGAAUGCCGGAUUAAUGCAGAAGAUGCUUUCAAAAAUUUCAGACCUGGGCCAGGGAGAAUAACUGCAUAUUUGCCAGCUGGAGGUCCAUUUGUGCGCAUGGAUAGCCAUGUUUAUCCUGAUUAUGUGGUUCCGCCAAGUUAUGAUUCCCUACUUGGAAAGCUUAUUGUAUGGGCCCCAACCCGUGAGAGGGCUAUUGCACGCAUGAAAAGAGCACUUGAUGACACUAUUAUUACAGGUGUUCCAACUACAAUUGAUUAUCAUAAACUUAUCCUUGACAUUGAGGAUUUCAGAAAUGGGAAAGUUGAUACAGCCUUUAUUCCAAAGCAUGAAGAUGAAUUAGCUGCUCCUACAGUUACAGAGAAAGAGUUGGUGAAGGCUAGUGCUUAAAACUUUCUUCCAGUUGGAGUGGAUUAUUUUCCAAUCGGUCUGAACUUCAGAGUUUUUAUUUUGAGUUUAAUCUUCUAGCCAUUUAGCAUCGAUGAAUAGACUUGACUUGAGAUUCAAAUAGAAAUGUAUUAUUUUUCCUUGAUUUGUCAUGUGGUGAAUCACUUCUGUAUUUGUAAACAAUAAAACUUGGGACGUUUUAUAGUUUAUUGUAUGUGCUGCUGCUAGAGUUUUUAAUUAAA